CCUGCUUCAGCUCGGCGGCUUUUUGCGGACGCCCGGGGGCUCUCUGCACCUGGGUCGCUCCCGCCCAGGGCUCCGCCCCGCGGGGCCAAGAACUUUCCCUGGAGCCUCGGCGGCCUCGGUGCCCGGGUACUGCCGCGCCCGCCCGCAGGUUCUCCGGCGCUCGUCUCUUCAAGACGUUCGGCAUUCGGUCCCCGUAGCAGGGCGUUCAGGAGAGGAGCGCUUGAACUUGGCCAUCUCGGCGGGAUGAGUUCGGGGACCCUCAGACGGAAGCCGCAGCCCGCAACAAGCUGAUCUCCCCCCUGGCUGGUUUCGGUCGCCGCCCCAGUUUUUAGAAGAGGAGCCGCAGCCGCAGGAUGCGCGGGGACACGCUGCUCCCGGCGCCCAGUUCGGCGGGCGCUUCCCGGGCGGCUCUGGGUCCCUGACGCUCUGGGGCGCGCUCACCCUCCCGCCUCGGCUCUCCGAGCUUCUCGGGGUGCCCUCGGCUCGACUGCAGGACCCCAGACCUCGCUCCCCAGGGCCCCACCCAGACCCGCGCCUCUCGCCCUCUCCGCGGCGCGUACAAUAAAUUAAUGCUUCGCGCUUGAGGGGAGGAGGCGGCGGGCACCUCGGUCGCUGCUCUCGCCUGACUGGAGACGCUUUCAGCCGACAUGGGCUGUUUCUGCGCCGUUCCGGAAGAAUUCUAUUGCGAAGUUUUGCUCCUGGACGAGUCCAAGCUCACCCUUACCACCCAGCAGCAGGGCAUCAAGAAGUCUACAAAAGGUUCCGUUGUCCUUGACCAUGUUUUCCGGCACAUAAACCUCGUGGAGAUAGAUUAUUUUGGGCUGCGAUACUGUGACAGAAGCCAUCAGACAUAUUGGCUGGACCCAGCAAAAACUCUUGCGGAACACAAGGAGCUAAUCAACACUGGACCUCCAUAUACUUUGUACUUUGGUAUUAAAUUCUAUGCUGAAGAUCCGUGUAAGCUAAAAGAAGAAAUAACCAGAUAUCAGUUUUUCUUACAGGUGAAGCAAGAUGCCCUUCAGGGCCGGCUGCCCUGCCCUGUCAACAUUGCUGCUCAACUUGGAGCAUACGCCAUCCAGGCUGAACUUGGAGACCAUGACCCCUAUAAGCACACUGCGGGGUACGUGUCGGAGUACCGCUUUGUUCCUGACCAGAAGGAGGAGCUGGAAGAAGCCAUCGAACGGAUUCACAAGACUCUAAUGGGUCAGGCUCCUUCUGAAGCGGAGCUGAAUUACUUGAGGACUGCCAAAUCCCUGGAGAUGUACGGCGUUGACCUCCAUCCUGUCUACGGAGAAAACAAGUCUGAGUAUUUCUUAGGAUUAACUCCAGUGGGUGUUGUUGUCUAUAAGAAUAAAAAGCAAGUGGGGAAGUAUUUCUGGCCCCGGAUUACAAAGGUGCACUUCAAGGAGACCCAGUUUGAACUCAGAGUCCUGGGGAAAGAUUGUAACGAAACCUCGUUCUUUUUCGAAGCUCGAAGCAAAACUGCCUGCAAACACCUCUGGAAGUGCAGUGUGGAGCAUCAUACAUUUUUUAGAAUGCCAGAAACAGAGUCGAAUUCACUGUCAAGAAAACUCAGCAAAUUCGGGUCCCUAAGUUCUAAGCAUCGGCCCAGUGGCAGGACAGCUCUGCAAAUGAGCCGAGAUCUUUCUAUCCAACUUCCCCGGCCCAAUCAGACUGUGGCGAGAAGUAGAAGCAAGACUUACCCCAAGAGGGUAGCGCAAACACAGCCAGCUGGAUCAAACAACAUAAAUCGGGUAAUCACAGGCAUGGAAAAUGGGGAGAAUGAAGGAACAACUAAAAUUAUCGCACCUUCGCCAGUGAAAAGUUUUAAGAAAGCAAAGAAUGAAAACAGCCCUGAUAUCCAAAGAAGCAAGGCUCAUGCGCCGUGGGAAGAAAAUGGACCCCAGAGUGGGCUCUACAACUCACCCAGUGAUCGCACCAAGUCACCAAAGUUCCCCUGUACCCGCCAGCGUAACCUGUCCUGCGGCAGUGACAACGAGUCUGCGCAGCCCAUGCGGCGAAGGAAAGCUCAUAACAGUGGCGAAGACUCAGAUCUGAAGCAGAGGAGGAGGUCCCGCUCACGUUGUAACACAAGCAGUGGCAGUGAGUCAGAAAAUUCUAACCGAGAGCACCGGAAGAAGAGAAACAGAAUACGGCAGGAGAAUGACAUGGUUGACUCGGCGCCUCAGUGGGAAGCCGUAUUAAGGCGACAGAAGGAAAAAACCCAAGUGGAUCCUAACAACAGGCGAUCCAGACACAGAUCUCGCUCAAGAAGUCCUGAUAUCCAAGCAAAAGAAGAGCUGUGGAAGCACAUCCAGAAGGAACUCGUGGACCCGUCUGGACUGUCGGAAGAGCAGCUGAAGGAGAUCCCGUACACUAAAGUAGAGACUCAGGGAGACCCAGUCCGCAUCAGGCAUUCGCACUCUCCGCGGAGCUACCGGCAGUACCGCAGGUCCCAGUGUUCAGACGGAGAGCGGUCUGUUCUCUCGGAAGUGAACUCGAAAACAGACCUUGUGCCACCACUUCCAGUGACCCGGUCCUCAGAUGCUCAGGGGUCUGGUGGCUCUACCGUGCAUCAGAGAAGAAAUGGCUCUAAAGACAGCCUGAUUGAAGAAAAAUCUCAGCUGUCUACAAUCAACCUGGCUGGAAAGCAUACAGCAAAAACAAUAAAAACUGUCCAGGCUGCCCGCCUCAAGACAGAGACUUGACCUGGUUAAGGGGCAAAGGGUGGGACAGAAGCCCUGUCACUGGCACUUCUGAAACUGUGAACUAGAGAACUAUCCACAAUCGUGGGCAUGUCUUUAGCGAAAGAAGCAUUUAAGGGUUCAUGCACGGCCUUCUUGUGCUGUGGAGCCUUUUGACUGGAAGGACCCUAUGAACUCACUGGAUGCCUGUCUUCCCUGGAACCCAUCUCUCUUCACCCCAGCCAGGACCUACACUUCUCAUGAAGCCUUUGGAUUCCUGGUCUGCAGACUGUUGACUUUUAUUCCCAUAAAGCUGUUUGUAUUAUUGUAUUUUGUGGCAUUAAGUCUCAAUGGUUAUUUACAAAUAUUGUAAAAACUGUUAAGUGUUGAUUUGAA